UUCUGUAAAGCAUCCGUUCUUCCGCAGUUUGAAGAUGGUAACGGUGAUAAAGUAGCUUUUUUUUAUUUUUUAUUAUGGAGUCAAUAUUAAUGAUUCCUGAAAUAUCCGAUAAGAUAUGAGUGUUUGCCCAUAAAAAGGAUUAUAAUGGCGAGGAUUGGAGAAAUCGUUCAUUUAAACGUCGGGGGCAAAAGGUUCAGUACCUCCAGACAGACUCUGACAUGGGUUCCUGAUUCAUUCUUCUCAAGUUUAUUAAGUGGACGGAUAUCAACUCUAAAAGAUGAGACGGGAGCGAUAUUUAUAGACAGAGAUCCAUCUCUCUUUGCUCCCAUUCUUAAUUUCUUGCGCACAAAAGAGCUAUACCCAAGGUCCAUAGAUGUUCACCUAUUAAUGCACGAGGCAGAGUUCUAUGGGAUCACACCGCUGGUGCGAAAGCUGCAGUUGUGUGAUGAGUUGGAUCGCUCCUCCUGUGGGAACGUCUUAUUCAAUGGCUACCUGCCACCACCAGUGUACCCAGUGAAGCGGAGAAACAGGCACAGUGUGGCAGGACCCCAGUUCAUGGGUGGGCGUGCAGAGCCAGUGGAGAGAGCCCCCGUCAGGAGGAGUAACACCAUGCCACCUAACCUGGGCAAUGCUGGCAUACUGGGAAAAGCUGCCAUGGAAGAAAGAGUGCCAGGUCAGGUCUCUGAUUCUGGCAUGGUCAGAAUCAUAUGUGGUCAUCAUAACUGGAUUGCUGUGGCCUAUGCCCAGUUUGUGGUGUGUUACAGGGUUAAGGAGUCUACUGGAUGGCAACAGGUCUUUACAAGCCCACGUCUAGACUGGGUCAUUGACAGAGUGGCUCUCAAUGCUAAAGUAAUGGCUGGUUCACUUGGGGACAAUGAUAAGAUGGUUGCUGUGGCAUCAGGCACUGAGAUAAUAUUAUGGGCUAUCUGUCCUGAUGGAAAUGGCAAUGAAAUUGGUGUGUUCAGUCUGAAUGUGCCGGUGGAGGCUUUGUUCUUUGUAGGAAAUCAGCUCAUUGCGACCAGUCACACGGGCAAAGUUGGAGUAUGGAACGCUGUCACCAAACACUGGCAGAAUCAGGAUGUGGUUCCCAUCAACAGUUAUGACACAGCCGGCUCUUUCCUCAUUCUGGGCUGCAAUAAUGGAUCUAUUUACUACAUAGAUGUCCAAAAGUUUCCAUUGCGGAUGAAGGACAAUGAUUUGUUAGUGACAGAGCUGUAUCGAGACCCCAGUGAAGACGCUAUUACUGCUCUAAGUGUUUACUUGACGCCCAAAACAAGUGACAGUGGGAACUGGAUUGAAAUAGCUUAUGGCACUAGUUCAGGCACAGUGCGUGUGAUAGUGCAGCAUCCAGAGACUGUGGGCUCUGGUCCACAACUCUUCCAGACCUUCUCUGUACACCGCAGCCCUGUUACCAAGAUUAUGCUGUCUGAGAAGCAUCUUAUAUCUGUGUGUGCAGACAACAAUCAUGUUCGUACUUGGACGGUGACACGUUUCCGAGGCAUGAUCUCCACCCAGCCUGGCUCCACCCCCCUAACUUCCUUUAAGAUCCUCUCAUUGGAUGAUACUGAUGGUCAUGGAGGCUGUUCUGCCGGCACAGAUAUAGGUCCAUAUGGGGAGAGAGAUGAGCAACAGGUGUUUAUCCAGCGUGUGGUCCCUGACACUGACAAACUUUACGUAAGACUUUCCUCCAAUGGCAAAAGGGUAUGCGAGGUGAGAUCAGUGGAUGGGACCCCCAUCACAUCAUUUGUGGUGCAUGAAUGUGAGGGAUCCAGUCGUAUUGGCUCUAGGCCCCGGCGGUACCUCUUCAGUGGUCAUAGCAAUGGCAGCAUCCAAAUGUGGGACCUUACAACUGCAAUGGAAAUUGCAGGGAAAGUGGAUAUCAAAGCUCUCGGUGGCCCCACUGAAGAGGAGCUUCUGGAGCUGUUGGACCAGUGUGAUCUGGCUCUGACCAGAACGCCAGACAUGAGUCCUGCUGUCUCGCUCACACAUUCCUCUCGCAACUCUACCUGCAGUCUGCAGUCCCAGUUGAAUGAGAGCAAUCGUGCUGGUGGUGGUUUCCGGGGUCCAAUUCCUCUUAACGGUAGUCUUCCUCGCCAGGCCCCUUUAUUACCUCUCAGCAAACAUCGCGAGCUUCCGUCCCACCUCUGCCUUAGCCAGUCCUCUCUAGCCAAUAUUACCAGUGGCAACAACAGCCCGCACCCCAGCCGGGCCCUUCUUGACCGUGAGAAGGAUCGGGAUGGCCUUGGAGCCAUCCGAAGAGGCAGCUUUGUGGAGCGCUGUCAGGAGAGAGCCAAGUGCUCAGACGCAGGUGUCCUGGAUGCGGGGAGGAGGAGUUUAGCUGUGUGCACUGAGCUUGAAGCCCGACUCGGCCUCAGAAUGCAACCAUCAUUCUCUGCCCUGCCAGCAGGCUGCUUAUCAACACCGUCAUCAUCAUCAUCAUCACUAAGAAGACCAAGCCCUGUUCCUUCACCCUUAAGUCCAGCGAGAUCACAAACGGCGGUCUCUCCAAGACGGCCCCUCACUUCUCCGACCAGCGAGAGCCCGUCCAAUGAAAAUGUGUCUGGCCAUGAAAGCCCCGCCUCUCCACCUUCCACCAGCCCCAAACCUCAUAUGAAUGAAACCAGCUUCUGAUGGGCUCUUUUUAGAAAUUCAGCAAGAACACAAUUUGUUUUGUUCUAGACAGCCAAUGCUGAUUUAUUCAUUUUUGUGAAUAAGAGACCUGAAGGCUGCAUUUUGUGCAGCUGAUUUUUAAGUCAGAACCGCUUGUAUGGCCUAUUCUUGCAUUUGAGGAAUGUCUUCCACUGGUCAAAAGGACUAAUUUCUUCUUUUACUACAGUACUCUCAGUAUUGCAGAGUGCCUUACUAAUUGUGAAUUUUGAAAAUGUAGUCAUUAUCAGAAUAUGAUUUACUGCAUGUAAAUGACAAAUGAAUUCACAUUGUAUGACAUAAGACACUUUAUUGUCAUUGUAUACAAUACAACACAAUUUAAAAAAACAAUAGAAGACAUAUUACACUUAAAGAAUAAAGAUAAAUAGAAUAAUUAAUACAUUUAGAAUACUAAACUAUAUAUUGGCAGAUAAAAAAAUAUAUAUAACAUGCUAUCUGGACCUAAUUUUUAAGCAAAUGAGACUGGGAAAAAAAGAUAUGGUGUUGAAAAAGAGAAUAUGUUUUGUAAUAUGAACAUUGCCUGCUUACACUCUCUUAUUGUAUUAAAUAGAAUACAGACUUGUUAAAUUACACCAAACAGAAAUAUGGUAUGGCUUUAACUGUGUGAGGUUUUGUUAUUGUUGCUCAAGUUGUCACUGGUUAGUUGUGCACUGGCUGAUGUUAAUGAAUGAACUUUUAGAUUCAAAUGUAUCUGAACAUUGUUCAAACUAAUAGGGAUAUUUAACUACUUAGUGCUUGCCCAAUACGUUUUUCUUUUUUAAUGGCCCAUACGUAUGCCUAUAUAUAUAUAUAUAUAAUACAGUUGAAUGUUAGCUAAUGCGAUGUACACAAACAUUCAUCAUCAUUUUCCAUAAAUAGAAUGCAGACUAUCAGUUGAUAGAUUACAUUACACAUAAAAACUGGUUGUUGUGUGAAAAUGCAAACUGUUUAAAAUUUUACUGCUGUAGGAGGAUUGGUGUGCCUUUGAAAUAUUAAAAAGGGGCUGAUAGUUACUAUACUAAAAAAAGAAAUUGCAUCUAAAUGUCAGCUUGAGUUAGAUGUGUUUGUAUUUGAAGAAUAAUAUACCAUGCAGAUAGAUGCAAUCUUACUUUGAAGGAGGCUUAAUGCAAACAUUGUUUCUUUUCGUAUACAGUUGUGGCCAAAAAUAUUGCCUCCCUUGUGGCAUAUGAGCAAAGAAGGCUGAAAAAUGUGUCUUUAUUGUUUAUCCUUUUGAUCUUUCAUUCAAAAUAUUGACAAAAAUAUAUCAUCUAAAAGAUAUCAAACAAUUACCAACACAACACAAAUUUUAUCAAAAAACAAAUACUCAUACAUGUCUAUAAUGCCUAAAAAGGUUGGAGAAGACAUGGCAAGGGAUCUAAGACCAUUCCUCCAUACAGAAUUUCUCCAGAUCCUUCAAAUGCCAAGGUCCACGCUGGUGGACUCUCCUCUUCAGUUCACCCCACAGGUUUUCUUUGGGGUUCAGGACAGGGGACUGGCAUGGCCAUGGCAGAACUGUGAUUUUGUGGUCCGUGAACCAUUUUUGUGUUGAUUUUGAUGUGUGUUUUGGAUUAUUGUCUUGUUGGAAGAUCCAACCAGGGCUCAUUUUUAACUUUCUGGCAGAAGCAGUCACGUAUAGAUUUUUUAUCUGUUGGUAUUCGAUAUAGUCCAUGAUGCCAUGUAUCUGAACAAGAAGUCCAGGACCUCUGGCAUAAACACAGCCACAAAACUUUAAAAAUCCACCACCACAUUUAACAGUUGGCAUGGGGUACUUUUCCAUAUGGCUACCUGUCUGUGUGAGCCAAACCCAUCCCUGGUGUUUGCUGCCAAAAAGCUCUAUUUUAGUUUUAUCUGACCAUAGAACCCCGUCCCAUUUCCAGUAGUGUCUGGAAAAAUGAAGAUGCUUGAGUUUGUUGUUGGAUGAGACCAAAUGCUUUUUUCUUGAAACUCCCAUAUAACUUGUGGUGAUGUCUGAUUGUGGUUUUGGAGACUGUCAGACCCCAAGACCCAACUAAUAUCUGCAAUUCUCCAACUGUGAUCCUUGGGGAAUCCUCACUGUGCGUGGAGACAAUAUAGACACACGUCCUCUUCCAGGCCGAUUCUUAACAUCUCCAGUUGAUUGGAACUUCUUAAUUAUUUCACUGAUGGUGGAAAUGGGAAUUUUUUAUUCUUUAGCUAUUUUAUUAUAGCCACUUCCCAUUUUGUGAAGCUCAACAACCUUUUGCCACACAUCAUGACUUAAUUUUUUGGUCUUACCCAUUGUGACAGAUGACUAAGGGAAUUUGGUGUGUUACCUCCUAUUUAUAGUACCCCUAUAAAACAGGAAGUCAUGGCUGAACAAUUUCAUGUUCCUAGUCACCUAUGUGUACAAUUUGUUUUUUUAAAAUGUGUAUGGGAAUAUACUACAGAUAUAUUUUACUCAUAAGAAUUCAUCUAAUAUUUAUGAUCCUGUUUAUGACACUUGCAAAUUUGGUUUAUAUGCAGUUGUGACAUGAAAGACACCAUCCCAGAAUGUGAAAUGUUGUUUUGGCAGUGAUUGUAAUGGCACUCAGACUUGUAGUUUUUUAUUUAUUAAAU